CUAGGGAGCCGCUUUGCCUACGAUGGCAACUCCAGUUCCGACUCGGAGGAGGAAAUACUCCGCCGGUUGAAGUUGCAGCAGUCCUGCAGUCUGCACAGCAGUGGCCAGCUAUCGCGGUACGGAGCCGGUGCUCUGAGCCCGCUUGAUCCCGAUCUGGCGUCCAGUUUGGGUGGCCUGCAACACAUAACCAUCGGUUCCCCUUUGGAUGAAGGGCAGCUGAUCCGGAAGGAGAGCAGCCGCAAGCAUCAUCACCAUCACGGCGGCCAUGGCCACCAUCAUGGUGGCAGCGGUCAUCAUCACCACCAUCACGGCAGCAGUCGGCACGGGUCGUCGAGGGAUCCACUGGCGCUGGCCGAACGGGGAAAGAUAGGGAUGCCGCACUCGAGUAGCGAGUGCAGCUCGAACAGUUCGGUAGAGGCUUCGGUGGAGAGCAAUACGGGUUUAGUGGGUGGUGAGAAGAAAGACCGGCGACUGAUUUUGCAAUCGAUGGGUGGUGGAACGAAAAGUAAUACUCCAGCGAAGGAGAUGUCCGCGGUGGACGGUAAGAAGGACCAAGGGAGCGGUGUUGUCGGUUCGAGUUCGAGCACGAAAUACAACCGAUUACCACUUCAACAGCAGGAUAGUUUGGAAGAUGUUCCAGAUAUCAACAGCAAUCAGGAUUGCAUCGUAGUCCUCUCGCAGGAACCGCUGUUCGACACGAGCGAUCUGAAAUCGCUCAAAUCCGACACGGGAACGAUCGGUCCCGGUCCGGAGAGUCCUACUUCGACCAGCUGUCCGAACGGUACGCUGGAAAUAUCCCUCCUGUAUGACGCACCAAUGCGAAAGAUGACAGUCCACGUACUGCAGGCGCGGGGCAUUCCGUCCCGAACUAGUGCCAGCAGUACGGCGACCAGUACCAACCCCGCUGACCCACCGCCCAAUCCCAAGAGCAACCAAUCGACUACCCACACCCAGGUCCGACUGUUGAUGCUACCGAGCAAGAAGCAGAAGCACAAGACCAAAAUCCGAUCGGGCGAGAAUCCACAGUUCAUGGAGAGCUUCCUGCUGCAUCGGGUCAACCCGGAGGAAGUGAACUCGAUGGGCUUGAGGAUUCGGGUGUACGGGUGCGAGCGAAUGCGACGGGAGCGGUUGAUCGGCGAGUCGAUCGUGAGCUUCGCCAACAUCGAUUUGGAGCUGGAGACGAACCUGUGGCUACCGUUGGAACCGAGAGCGAACGCCGCGAACACCGGUUCUACUAGUGAUCUGCUGAGUUUGGCGCGAUCGGACAGUACGGGUUCAACGACAUCCAUGCAGCACGGAGGUGUCCCGGAGUUACUUCUGGGACUUGGUUACAAUGGUACUACGGGUCGAUUAACGGUUGAGAUCGUGAAGGGCAGUCAAUUCCGGAAUCUGGCGUUGAACAAGGUCCCGGAUACGUACGUCAAGUUGUGUCUCGUCAGCAGUAUGGGUCAGGAGAUGGCACGGGCGAAGACCUCGACGAGACGGGGUCAACCGAAUCCGUUGUUCAAGGAGACGUUUAUCUUUCAGGUGGCCUUAUUCCAGUUGAACGACGUCACACUGAUGGUGUCGGUGUACGCGAAGCGGAACAUGAAGCGCAACGAAAUGGUCGGCUGGUUCAGCCUGGGCCUUAACUCGAGCGGCCCGGAGGAGAACGCCCACUGGGGCGACAUGCGCGAGGCGAUGAACCCCCGCUCGGAGCUGGUGACGCGAUGGCACGUGCUGGUGGAUUCCUGAUUCAACUAGCUAGGGCUCUCCCCUCGGCAGAGCACGGUCAUCGGUGACGAUAUCGCCGCGGUAGCGAUCUCCGGCCGGCGCAAGUCUUCGCUGUCGUCGUCGCAGUACAACCACCACCAUCGGGCUCGUCGAAGUUCCGGAAGUAUUGCGUCGAUGUUGGGAGGGCCGGAAGUGGCGGCGGCACCGGCGGUGGUGGCACUACCGGCGGUUGCAGCACAGCAGCUGCAGGCUGCCGUUCCGGUGUCGCAGCAGCAGCAGCAGGCGCCGGGAGUUCCGUGGGAUCGGGACUCGGUUGCGGUGGAUAUCUCACUGAUGCCAGGGAGUGACCUAGAGUUUGUUUAGAACUAUCUUUCAUCAACCAUCGACGAUUGAGGGAGAGGUACCUAGUGUUGGAACUGAGUGGGACGGAUGGGCGUGGGAUAAGUUAGGAAUCUUUUAGUGUGUCGUUGUGACAUAGAUACUGAUGAUCUAUGACUUGUAUGUAUGGAUGUUUGUCUGUGUUGUUGGAUAAUAGUCGUAAGAUUGAGUUUUGCCAGUGAAAUAUUGAACAGUUCAUCAACCGAUACGAAGUGGGUGAAAUGGAUUCAAACUCGUAAUUUUCAGAAGCCUAUUUCUAUGUAGAAAUCAGUAUCUUGUUGAUUUUACAUUGUAUUUUUGUACAAACCUGCGCAGGUUUCGUUAUCGCACGAUAUUGUUGCCAGUACAAAAUGGCUUAAACAUUUAGUGAUUUCAAUGCUUAGUUCAUAUAAACUAACAUCUGCUAACUUCAAGAAAACCCAUAACAUUGACGACCUGUGCAGGUUCACUCUUAGAAGUCGAUGUUGCUAAGAUGAACCUGCACAGGUUUCAGACACGAAU